UGGGCCCAGCUGGGCCGAGCCGCCAGGUUACGAGUUGGCGCUCAGAUUUCUGGAGUCUCAGCUUUUACCACCGCAGCCCUCUCUGAGCCUGUUGCUUCGUCUUUCAAUUGGGACUAGGAUUGAAAGAGACGAUGCGUAGAAAGCGCUUGGCACAAUGGAGGCCGUCAACAAAUGGGAGUUGUUGCUUUGACUAUUGUAAUCUGUUCAUUCCACAAACUUUCCUGGAUCUGGUGACUAAGCGGAGCGGGGGCCCUCACCCAGAAGUCUGAUUCCCUGGUGGUGUGCGAGGUGGACCCAGAGCUAAAGGAAAAGCUGAGGCAAUUUCGCUUCCGAAAGGAGACGGACAACGCAGCCAUAAUAAUGAAGGUGGACAAAGACCGACAGAUGGUGGUGCUGGAGGAAGAAUUUCAGAACAUUUCUCCAGAGGAACUAAAAACAGAGCUGCCAGAGAGACAGCCGAGGUUCGUGGUUUACAGCUACAAGUAUGUGCACGAGGACGGCCGAGUGUCCUACCCCUUGUGUUUCAUCUUCUCCAGCCCCGUGGGCUGCAAGCCUGAACAACAAAUGAUGUAUGCGGGGAGUAAAAACAGAUUGGUGCAGACGGCGGAGCUCACGAAGGUGUUUGAAAUCCGCACCACUGAAGACCUCACCGAGGCCUGGCUCCAGGAGAAGUUGUCUUUCUUUCGUUGACCUCUGGGUUGGGGAACUGAAAUCCUCAUGUCUGAAUUCCUGAAGAGACUGGGAACUCGGACCCCUAAGGACCUGACCAUCCGAAACCCUAAAGAAAUUAAAAUGCAAGAACUCCUCAGCGGGAGGAGUUUAAUUUAAAGAAAUUAAAAUGCAAGAGAUCCUCA